GACCCCUCUGUGAUGGCAUGGGGGGGUCCCUACCAGCCCGGGGGUGCCCUCCAUGCCCCUGACCGUGCCCCCCGUGCCCCCCCAGGUGCCACCUUCGACAAACGCUCUCCCACGUGGGCGGCCCUGGCGCGCAUCGCCGGGCUCUGCAACCGCGCCGUCUUCAAACCGGGCCAGGAGAACAUCUCCAUCUCCAAGAGGGACACGGCUGGGGACGCGUCGGAGUCGGCUCUGCUCAAGUGCAUCCAACUGUCCUGCGGCUCCGUCAAGAGGAUGCGGGACCGGAACCCCAAAGUCACUGAGAUCCCCUUCAACUCCACCAACAAGUACCAG